AUGGGAGUGUUUGGAAUGAGCAUUGAGACUCCAUGCUGUUGGAACCCGUUGCACUCAACAUAUGAAUACGACAAGAAGGAAAAAGAUUACAUCAUCCGAGGAGUUCACUCCUAUAUUCAACAAUUCUUCGGACCGUCAAUCAUGUAUCAAGUCAAUAGCAAAAACGUGUUACCCAUUAGUCUUGAAAACGUCGAGAGCAGUUCCAUAAAAUGUCCUGAAAACACAAAACCAGAAGAGCUGGAAGCUUGCUUUCAGAAUUCUCCAAACCAAAAAACUACUAUUCAUCUUGAAGGUCCUUUGGCAGGCAACAUAUGCUCAGAUUCUGUGAUCUACAAAGCCGAUUUCUUGGAUGUUGAUUGUUUAAGAAAUCGCAAAGAAAGCGAAAUUUUGCGUCAUUUUAAGGGAAAACGUCUUCGUUGUAUGAACACGUCUUUCUCUAAUUCUCAAGUCAUCGAAUUUCUGAAUGCAUGGAAAUCCGGCCAAAUGUUAAAAAAAUCGAAACUUCUCGGUAUCCAUACUAAUUUUGACUUGAACGAAGACGAAAUAAUGGGGAAAGUUGAUCACAUCAAGUUCAACAAACGCCAUGGUAAUAAAGAAAACACUGUUGCUACUACUACUGGUCAAUAUUUGAUACGAGAAAGUGAUGGACAGAAAGGAUAUCUAACUAUUUCACAAAUGUCUGUUCACCUUGCAGUUUUUGGUCAAACUGGAGGUCACGUCAAUUUCGAUAUUUGA